CACGCCUGCUAUCAAAACAGCAAGCGCUCGCACGCUCCUCCCUUCCGCCGCGUAACCACCCUGGUUUGCUCGGGGGCCCGGGGCACUGCAAAGCACCAGUAGUCCGAGAGCGUAGUUUGUCAUUUCUUUCACUGCAGUUGCGCGCGCUCUGGUAGCAAGCUGUGCGGUAUGACUCCUGAUCUCGCUUCAAUCCUCCAAGCGGCUUCUGAAUUCGCCUCUUAUCCCGGAGCGGUGAAUGACGCUUCCGCGAAGGAAUUUGUUGAUCGGUACCCACUUCCUGUUCUGUUUGGCGUGUUACAGAUGGAGGUGGAUGAACCUAAAUUGGAGGAGACUAUAGUUGCAUGUUUAGAGAGAAUAUUUAGGACCAGAUAUGGCUCCUCUCUUGUACUACAGUAUGUUGUCUUUAUACAUGCUGGACUGCAAGCAAAUUCAGAGACCAUCAGAUGCUUAGCAUGUAAAUCUAUAUCUUUCAUUAUUGAAAACAUGGAGGACAAAGCUUCUACUGUGAGGAUCCUUGUUGAGAGUAAUGCAUAUGCGCUCCUGAUAAAAUGUCUACUUGUUGGCAAUGAACAAACUUCUGCUGCUUCUCUUGAUGCCAUAAAGAACAUUGCAAAAUCUCCUGAAGGAAUUGAUGUUAUCUUUCCGUCUAGCCGUGAUGAAUCAAUGCAACUGAAAAAUAUAGCAAGCAACUGUUCUUCUAUGGCCCGCAUUCGUAUUCUGGCUCUGAUCAAGGAACUGUUCUCUCUUUCUGAUGAUAUUGCAUCUGUAAUUUAUGCUUCAAACCUGUUGGAGCUUUUUGAAGUUGAAAUCAGUGGAAGAAAUGAUGCACUCAGCAUUUUGAGUGCUUUGGAAAUCUUAUAUGAGUUGGCAGAAUCUCCACAUGGUACAAAGUUCUUAUUGAAGACGUCAUUACUACAGCUUCUAACUGAUAUGAUCAGCAAUGAUACAGUAGAUUCUAUAUUGAGAUCAAGAGCAAUGCUCAUAGGUGGAAGGCUUCUGUCUUCAACGGAUGCUUACAGAACUAUUGAUCAAUCACGGAUUAAGGUACUUCUUUUGGCCAUUCAUGGGAGAUUGAAUAAGCUUGAGUCUCAAAAUAUGGAUGAAGUUGAAAAUGCUCUAGAAGCAGUGGGCCUAAUUGGAUCUUCUGCUGAUGGAGCUAUUUUACUCCUGACAAGUUCGCCUCUUGUGGCAAAGCAUGUUGUAAAUUCGGCUUUUGAUCGUCAGGAUAGAGGAAAACAACUGGCUGCGUUACAUGCUCUUGGAAGCAUAGCUGGAGCUGACAGAUCUGACAAUAGUGUGCUUCUAAAUGACGGUGCAGAAGAAUGCCUUAAGCGCUUGAUUUAUGAAGCAGCUACAGAGAGUUCAAAGCUAACACCAUCUGGUUUAUUCCUCUCAAUGCUGCAGCAAGAACCAGAAAUGCGAUUAGCAGCUUACAGAUUGAUAUCCGCUCUUGUGGCUCGGUCGUGGUGCCUGAUGGAGAUUUGCUCCAGGCCGGAGAUUGCAUCUAUUGUGAUGGAUGCAGAUAUCGAAGACACAAAAAUCGGCAUGGAAGCUCGGCAUCAAUGUUGUGCAGCUAUCUAUGACGCUCUGUCUGCUUUAAAUAUGGCUGCUGAUGCCAAAGUUGCUAAACUAGCAGAAAAGUUGCAGGAGGCAGUUAAAAGAGGUCCAUACUUGACCAAAAAGCGCAUUGAAGCACAACCAAUUGUGAUAACGGCCGAAAGGUUCUGAUUGGAAAUAAACCAAAAAAAAAAAAGAAUUUUCAUUGUAAAAACUUAAGAUCAUAGAGAUUUCCAUUAUAUCUGGAUUGACAUCAGUGGAAAUUUGUUGGUCCUUGAAGACUAUCCAUCACUUCAGAGGUAUGAUUUUCAUCAUAUAUGUUAUGCAUUUCAUUGUUCCUGAUUGUACAUGUUAGAAAUGUUCUUGUUUUGUUCAUAUCAAACUUUUUUUUUUGGGACUA